UCCAUUCAGGAAAAUCAAAUGAAAAUAAACAAAAUCUGCGUCUUCAUAAACAAAUAUCGUGCCAAUGACUUGGACAGACAGGGGAGCCAACAUAACGCCAUAGGUGCUAUUCGAUGAAAUGCACUAUACGUCCACCGACCAGAAAAAAAAGAUUGGUGGUAUUGGUGUACUUAAUUAUUGUCUGUGAUUGUAAAAAAAAGCUAAUAUUUAUUUUCAAAAUAUUUUCUUUUCGAAUACAGAAUUAUUCGAAAUUGUUGUAGUGCAAAAUGAUCCACAGUUUGUUUAUAAUAAAUCCCUCUGGUGAUGUAUUUCUCGAAAAACAUUGGAGGAGUGUCAUUCCAAGAUCAGUAUGUGAUUAUUAUUUGGAAGCACAACGGGCAUCUCCAUAUGAUGUCCCACCAGUACUCGCAGCGCCUCAUCACUAUUUGAUCUCCAUACAGAGAGGAGGGGUGGCACUUGUUGCAGUCAGCAAGCAAGAGGUGGCCCCCUUGUUUGUGAUUGAAUUCUUGCACAGGGUUGUUGAUACAUUCCAGGAUUAUUUCUCAGACUGUACUGAAACCAUUAUAAAGGAAAAUUAUGUAGUUGUUUAUGAGCUGUUAGAUGAAAUGUUGGACAACGGUUUUCCCUUAGCUACGGAAAGCAACAUUCUCAAAGAAUUAAUCAAGCCUCCCAACAUAUUGAGGACAAUUGCUAACACUGUGACUGGAAAAUCAAAUGUUUCAUCCACAUUGCCCUCUGGUCAACUAUCGAAUGUCCCGUGGCGACGGUCAGGCGUUAAGUAUGCCAAUAAUGAAGCAUACUUCGACGUGAUAGAGGAAGUUGACGCCAUCAUAGACAAGAGUGGGGCGACCGUUUCCGCUGAAAUACAAGGAUAUAUCGAUUGCUGCAUUAAAUUGAGUGGGAUGCCGGAUUUGACGCUAACGUUUAUUAACCCUCGGUUAUUCGACGAUGUUUCAUUUCAUCCCUGCGUUCGAUUCAAACGUUGGGAGUCCGAAAGAAUACUAUCCUUCAUUCCCCCGGAUGGCAGCUUCCGUUUGAUGUCAUAUCAUAUUGGAUCGCAGAGUGUAGUAGCCAUUCCUAUCUACGUUAGACACAACCUGACAUUGAGAUCGAAUGGAGACCAGGGGAGACUAGAUCUGACUGUAGGACCUAAGCAAACUAUGGGAAGAACCUUAGAAAAUGUAGCACUAGAGAUCUGCAUGCCAAAAUGCGUGCUGAAUUGCUCGCUCACGGCGAACCAGGGCAAGUACUCCUACGACCCGGUCAGUAAAGUGCUGCUAUGGGACAUCGGCCGCAUCGAGCUGCCCAAGCUGCCUAACAUUCGAGGAAGUGUAUCGGUGGCAUCGGGCGCGGACACUACCGGUGCGAAUCCUAGCAUCAACGUGCACUUCACGAUCCCACAGCUGGCCGUGAGCGGGCUGAGAGUGAGCCGGCUAGACAUGUACGGCGCUAAGUACAAGCCCUUCAAGGGCGUCAAGUACGUCACCAAGGCGGGGAAGUUCCAUGUUAGAAUGUGAAUCGUGUGAAGCCCAACGUUGGCCCAAUGCGUUUGACGAGUGCCGGCCAAUGUGGGAACGCUGUUUGUGAAAUUCGAAAAACACUUUAGUGAUUUUAAGCUUAUUUCGUGGUUUAACGACAUUUUAUAUUGAAGAUACUACGAUACUUAAUAUUUUAACUGCCGAUAUUUCGACUCAGUUGCUGGCAUGGGGACAGUAAAGAGCCGAUUAUUAUUAUUAUCUUGUUUGUAAAGAAGCAAUUUCUGAGCAAGUGAGAGAAAAGAUUUUUAUUUAUGUUUAAAUUCCAAGUCAGAAAGAAGCAUGAAAGCUCUAUUAUCACAUUAUUUUUUAUUGGUUUUGUAAUGUAAAAAAAUCAUAUCUUACUUACUCGUAAUCUGUAAAUAAGCUUAAAUAGAUAGUGAUAAUUCUAUUGUUAAUAAAAAAUAUUAUCUGGCUUUA